AGACAAAAAAUGAAUUUUUAUUUAUUUUUUUUUUAUUCGUUUUGCAUUAAAGCCAUUUUAUCUACAAUAUAAAUAACUAUAAUAUCCUUUUUCAUUUGUAAAUGAGAAAUCUAAAAGCGAUGAAGAGUAGAUUGGUAUUUUAGCAAUCAAAAACCAUUUUUUAUCAAAUUCAAUUCUUAUAAUACUGAAUGAAUAUGGUGACUAUUAACUAUAAAAGUUAAUUUUUGAUUUUAUGUCUCAAAUACUAACUUCAUAUCUAUCACUUAUUUAAUGUGUAAAACGAAAAUGUUUUUGUUUCAAAUCUAUCUACAUAGNUCUGGUGAUAUGACUGUGUAUUAUUUAACUGAAACUGAAGUUUGGUUUGUUGGUGAUGGACUCCUUCAAUAAGCAACAAAAUUAACUUUGAAUAACACAACUCCAGGAUAAGUUAUAAUUUAAUUAUAAGCUGAAGUUGCUUGGAAUAAUGUAUCUAUUUAGGUUUCAUCUAUUUUAUCUUCAACAUAAUCAGGAUAAAGAAGAUUGCUAACAUAAACUUCUUUUGAUACAUUCUCAGGAAAAACAUCAAUUUUAACUUGUAUUAAAGCAUAGGAUCAAAAGAUUUGUCCAUCAUGUGAAUAAGAAUGUGAAAUUAAUGGGUUUGCUCAUGAUGGAUGUCCAGAAUGCUAAUCUUUCCUCUAGAUUAACGAAUUUAUUUUAUUAGCCAUAUUAUUAGCAUUUACUAUAUGAU